AUGGCGCUUCCCAUUCGGUUCACUGAACUGGUUCAGUUGACGAAUCUUGACAUCGCGCCAACCUCUAUAUCCUUCAAUACCUGUACACUAGAAUCCGAUCACUAUGUCUGCGUACGGCAGAAAGUUAAUGAGCAGGACAAACCUCAAGUCAUAAUUGUAAAUCUCAAGAACAACAAUGAAGUCAUCAAACGCGCCAUCAGCGCCGACAGCGCCAUCAUGCACUUCAACCGCGAGAUCCUUGCCCUCAAAGCGCAGGGCAGAACAAUCCAAGUCUUCGACCUCGCGGCCAAGGCCAAGCUGAAAUCUACAAUCAUGAACGAGGAUGUUGUUUUCUGGAAGUGGUACAGCGAAAGAAGCCUGGGAUUGGUUACCGAUACCUCCGUCUACCACUGGGACGUGUUCGACCCUACCCAGUCUGCUCCCGUGAAAAUGUUCGAGCGAAAUGCCAACCUGAGUGGAUGCCAGAUCAUCAACUAUCGCGUCAACGAUGAUGAACAAUGGAUGGUGAUAGUUGGUAUUUCACAAAGAGAGGGACGAGUUGCCGGUACAAUGCAGCUGUACUCGCGUAAUCGUGGGAUCUCGCAACCUAUCGAGGGUCAUGCUGCUGCCUUUGGCACCUUCCAUGCAGAGGGCAAUCCUGCCCCUUACAAACUUUUCACCUUCGCGGUCCGAAAUGCUGCUGGCCAAGGCAAGCUCCAUGUUGUGGAGAUCGAUCACAACGAGAACAACGCGCGAUGGGUGAAGAAGGCAGUCGAUGUCUACUUCCCCGACGAGGCUGUCAACGACUUCCCUGUUGCCAUGCAAAUCUCCGAGAAGUACAGCAUCAUAUACAUGGUCACCAAGUACGGCUUCAUUCAUUUGUACGAUCUUGAAACAGCCACGUGCAUCUUCAUGAAUCGUAUUUCGAGUGAGACAAUCUUCAUCACAACGCCCGACUCUGAAUCCGCCGGCAUUGUUGGAAUCAACCGAAAAGGUCAGGUUCUCUCGGUUAGCGUUGACGAGAACACAAUCAUCCCAUAUCUGCUCCAGAACCCUGCCAAUGCGGGCCUGGCUGUGAAGCUAGCCGCGAGAGCUGGCUUGCCAGGUGCCGACAACCUUUACCAGCAGCAAUUCGAAACUCUCUUUGCCCAGGGCAACUACUCGGAAGCUGCCGAAGUUGCGGCGAACUCUCCACGUGGGUUUUUGAGGACGCCGGAGACGAUCAAUCGGUUCAAGAGUGCGCCUCAGCAAGCCGGGCAGCUUUCUGUCAUUUUGCAGUACUUUGGCAAACUCCUCGACAAAGGCAAGCUGAACAAGUACGAGAGCGUAGAACUGAUAAAGCCGGUUCUUGCACAAAACCGUAAGAACCUCCUCGACAAGUGGAUGAGUGAGGGAAAAUUAGAGUCCUCAGAAGAGCUUGGUGAUAUCGUCCGACUGCACGAUCUUGAACUUGCUCUGAGGAUCUAUCGCGAGUCUAAUGUUCCGCCAAAGGUUGUUGCAGCGUUGGCAGAAACCGGCCGAUUCGAGGAGAUCCUUCCCUAUGCACGUGAGGUCGGAUACCAACCAGACUUCACCAGCUUGUUGCAACACAUCGUUCGUGCAAACCCGGAGAAAGGUGCCGAGUUUGCUACUCAACUCGCCAAUAACGAGGCUGGCCCGCUGGUCGAUAUCGACAGAGUUGUUGACAUUUUCAUGUCCCAGAAUAUGGUUCAGCAAGCGACCGCGUUCCUGCUCGACGCUCUAAAAGAGAACCGUCCCGAACAAGGCCACUUGCAGACUCGACUAUUGGAAAUGAAUCUCCUCAACGCCCCACAGGUUGCAGAUGCUAUCCUUGGCAACGAGAUGUUCUCCUACUAUGACAAACCCAGAAUUGCCCGACUUUGCGAACAGGCAGGUCUGUUGCAACGCGCCCUUGAAAAUACAGACGACCCAGCUUCCAUCAAGCGAAUAAUUGUCCAAACCGAUAAGCUCAAUCCUGAAUGGCUUCAACAAUAUUUCGGCCGCAUGUCAGUCGAACAGUCGCUGGACUGCAUGGAUGAGAUGCUCAAGGCCAACAUUCGACAAAACUUGGCGGCCGUGAUCCAAAUUGCUACCAAGUUCUCCGACCUUCUCGGAGCGAGCCGCUUGAUUGCAUUGUUCGAAAAGCACCGCACUGCCGAAGGUCUCUACUACUAUCUCGGCAGCAUCGUCAAUCUGAGCGACGACGGAGAAGUAGUGUACAAGUACCUCGAGGCCGCCGUUACUAUGGGCCAAUUCCAGGAAGUCGAAAGAAUAUGCCGGGAGAACAAUCAUUACAAUCCGGAACGUGUAAAGAAUUAUCUCAUCGAGGCUCGGUUAGCUGAGCAGCUUCCCCUGAUUAUCGUCUGCGAUCGGUUCAACUUCGUCAAGGAUCUGGUCAACUACCUUUACCGGAAUCAGCAAUACAAGUCCAUCGAAGUGUAUGUUCAACGAGUCAAUCCCGCACGGACCCCGGCAGUUGUCGGAGCAUUGCUUGCCCUUGAUUGUGAAGAAUCGGUCAUCAAGAGCUUGUUGUCAUCGGUCGACCCUUCGGCUGUCCCCAUCGACGAGUUAGUCAGCGAAGUCGAGACUCAGAAUCGUCUGAAGAUUUUGCUGCCUUUCCUUGAAUCCACAUUGGCAGCGGGCAUUCAGCAACCAGCUCUUUAUAACGCCCUGGCGAAAAUCUACAUAGACAGCAACAAUAACCCUGAGAAGUUCCUCAAGGAAAAUGACCUGUACGACACUCUGACAGUCGGUAAAUACUGCGAGAAGCGGGAUCCCAACUUGGCAUAUAUUGCGUACCGCAAGGGCCAGAAUGACAUUGAGCUCAUCAACAUCACCAACGAGAACUCGAUGUUCCGAGCUCAAGCGCGUUAUCUUCUAGAGCGCGCCGAUCCUGAGAUAUGGGGUUUCGUUCUGGCGCAAAAUAACGCCCAUCGGAGAUCCCUCAUCGACCAGGUCAUCGCCACGGCCGUGCCGGAGAGCUCAGAACCUGACAAGGUAUCUGUUGCAGUGAAAGCUUUCUUGGACGCCGACCUGCCUGCUGAACUCAUCGAACUGCUCGAAAAGAUCAUUCUCGAGCCUUCGCCUUUCAGCGAGAACAGCAGUCUACAGAACUUGCUGAUGCUCACAGCUGCGAAGGCGGACAAGGGUCGCCUUAUGGACUACAUUCAGCGCCUGAAUGAAUUCAACACUGAAGAAAUAGCCAAUAUGUGUAUCCAGCAAGGUCUUUACGAGGAAGCUCUAGAGAUAUACGUGAAGACGAACGACCACAUCUCGGCUGCUAAUGUUCUUGUCGAUCACAUCGUUAGUAUCGACCGCGCUCAAGAAUAUGCAGAGAAGGUGGAUCUGCCUGAGGUCUGGAGCAAGGUUGCCAAAGCCGAACUGGACGGCUUGAGAGUCAGCGAUGCCAUCGAGUCGUACAUUAAAGCUCAAGAUCCUAGCAACUACAACGAGGUCAUUGAGACCGCUACUCAUGCCGGCAAGGAUGAAGAUCUCGUCAAAUUCCUGAAAAUGGCCAGGAAGACGAUGCGCGAACCAGCAAUCGAUACUGCCCUCGCCUUUUGCUAUGCUCGUCUCGAUCAACUGUCCGAACUCGAAGACUUCUUGCGUACUGCUAACGUGGCCGAUGUGGAAGCAUCUGGAGACAAAGCUUAUGAAGAAGGCUACCACCAAGCUGCCAAAAUCUUCUUCACCAGUGUUUCCAACUGGGCCAAACUUGCCACUACUCUUGUACACUUGGGUGAAUACCAAAACGCUGUUGAUUGUGCUCGACGUGCAAACAGUGUAAAGGUAUGGAAGCAAGUGAACGAAGCAUGCGUCGCCAAGAAGGAAUUCCGCCUUGCCCAGAUCUGUGGCCUCAACCUCAUUGUUCACGCCGAAGAACUGCAGGAUCUUGUCAAACAAUACGAGCGCGAAGGUUACUUUGAGGAACUCAUUUCCUUAUUGGAAGCCGGCCUUGGCCUGGAACGGGCACAUAUGGGCAUGUUCACCGAGCUGGGCAUCGCCCUAUCGAAGUAUCAUCCGGAUCGAGUGAUGGAACAUCUCAAGCUCUUCUGGUCUCGCAUCAAUAUCCCCAAGAUGAUUCGAGCCUGCGAAGAGGCGCAUCUUUGGCCUGAGCUGAUCUUCUUGUACUGCCAUUAUGACGAGUGGGACAACGCUGCAUUGGCCAUGAUGGAGCGUGCUGCUGAUGCCUGGGAGCAUCACUCCUUCAAGGACAUCAUUGUGAAAGUGGCCAACUUGGAAAUCUACUAUCGCGCUCUGAACCAUUACCUACAGGAGCAGCCGCUCUUGUUGACCGAUUUGUUGCAAGCCCUGACACCGCGCAUCGACGUCAACCGGGUGGUGCGUAUGUUUGAGAAGUCGGAUAACAUCCCCAUCAUCAAACCCUUCUUGCUCAAUGUACAAGGCCAGAACAAGCGCGUCGUCAACAACGCCAUCCAUGAUCUCCUCAUCGAAGAAGAGGAUUACAAGACUUUGAAAGACUCGGUGGAGAACUACGACAACUAUGACGCGGUGGAACUUGCACAGCGCCUCGAGAAGCACGACUUGGUGUUCUUCCGACAAAUCGCGGCGCAAAUCUACCGCAAGAACAAACGAUGGGAGAAGUCAAUUGCACUGUCCAAACAAGACAAGCUGUUCCGCGACGCGAUCGAGACAGCAGCGAUUUCUGGCAAGCCUGAAGUUGUAGAAGACCUUCUGAGAUACUUUGUCGACAUUGGCAGCCGCGAGUGUUACGUGGGCAUGCUCUAUGCCUGCUACGAUCUGAUUCCGCUUCACACAGUGAUGGAGAUCUCCUGGCGGCAUGGACUUAACGAUUUCACCAUGCCCUUCAUGAUUAGCUACAUGAGCCAGCAAGCCGCCACCAUUGAGCAGUUGCGAAAGGACAAUGAAGAACGGAAGGCCCGCGAAGCCAGUCAACAAAAGACCGACGACAAUACCCCGAUCAUCGGGAGUCGUCUCAUGCUGACGCAAGGGCCCGCGGCCGUUGCACCGCAACCCACGGGGUAUGGUCACACUAAUGGCAUCACGCCUCAACCAACCGGGUUCCCUCGGGCAUUCUAG